AUGUCAAAGGUAAUUCAGACGGAAGACGGACAGUUGACAUGGAAGUCGGAUGAAGAAUACGACGACAGUGAACAAGACUACGACACUGUACAAGACGACACGGAAGCCAUGUACCGUGAAGAUCUCUUUGAAGGCGAUAUUGUGCUUACCAGUAAUGGCGCUACCAUAUUUAAUCGUGGUGUAUCAAUGACUGGACACAGUGUUGGUUGUAAAGGUCGAAACAACUUUUCUAUUCCUCAGCUUGAGAUGAAUGCAGUGCAGCACAAUGCAGUAAGGCAAAAAACAUUGCUAUGGCGAAACGGACGAGUACCAUACGUUAUCUCUUCCGUAUAUGCUAAUAUCAGCAAACUUAUAAUUUUGGAAGCGUUUAAAGAAUAUCGACAUCUGACAUGUAUACGAUUUGUCCCUAAACGACGAUUCGAUUCCGAUUACAUUUACAUUGCGCCUUAUGAUGGUUGUUACUCAAUGGUUGGGAAUAAUGGGGGUAGACAAACAGUAAGUUUGGGUGACGGGUGCUUAAAGAAAGGGAUAGUAAUUCAUGAACUGAUGCAUGUAAUCGGCUUUUUUCACGAACAAAAUCGCGCUGAUCGAGAUUUAUAUGUAGAUAUUCUGUGGGAAAACGUAAAGCCAGCUCUUUCUGAACAAUUUGACAAAUACUCAGCUACCAUAAUCGAUGAUUUGGGCUCACCAUAUGAUUAUGAUUCCGUGACGCACUAUUCCGCAAAUGCAUUUAGCAAAAAUGGUAAACCAACCAUAAUACCAAAAUCUAUGAACAAAGUAUCUAGGAUUGGUCAACGACGUGGUCUUUCUUUUCUUGAUAUUUGGAAAAUUAACAAAUUAUAUGAUUGCAUUAAACGAGCUACGACUUCUGCUUCAAAUGCAGAAAACGGAAAGGAACACAAAGAACUGGAAGUAUCUGGUACGAUUAUAGGAGAAUUUCCUACAACUAUAAGGACUGCAACUAUUUCUUCCACAUCAUCAGCUAAUAAUACCAAAACAAGAACAAAAGAUGUCGAAGAACUCAAAAUUAAUUUAAAUCUUUCAACGUCUUCAACACUAUCGCCACCACUUAUGUCAGCUUCUGUGAACAGUUCAUCAAGUCGAUUUCCUGAAGUAAAGAACAGUGUGUCAAGACCUGCUAUAUCCACUGUUGCUAUUCCUGCAACCAAAACAAACUUCACACUUCACAAAAUGCAUCAUUGCAAUGAUCGUCACCCAUAUUGUCAAAUAUUAAGAACCAGCGACUUUUGCACCAUUUAUCCUCGCUUCGUCCACGAUUAUUGUGCGCUCAGUUGCGGAAGGUGUUAA